GGUACAGAAACUCAUUCCUACCUGCUGUACUGGUGCUAAUUUCUCUCCAACCUCUUUUAAGUUCAAUAAUAAGAUGAUUUCAAAGAUAAAAGAAAUCACCGGUAGACUGAAUAGUUUGAACACUCGAAGAAGUAGUUUGGGGUUGAGUGAGAUCAUGUCUCAAGGCGCAACUUCCAAGGGAAAGAAACCCAGGCUGCAACCAACUUCCUUGAUGGAUGGAGCUGUAGAGUAUGUUGGUAGAGCCAAUGAGAAGCAAGAAAUGCUUGAGUUGCUCAAAAUUAACAACUCAGAUGGAGUUUGCGUCAUUUCCAUUGUUGGCAUGGGAGGGAUGGGGAAAACAACUCUUGCUCAGCUUGUUUACAAUGAUGCCAGCAUUAAGGAGUCUUUUGAUCACAAGGCCUGGGUAUGUGUUUCUGAUGAAUUUGAUGCAGUUAAUAUAACUAAGACAAUUUUACAGUCCAUCAUUUCUGAGCCAUGCGCUUACAAUGACCUGAAUUUACUUCAAGUCAAGUUGAAGGAGAAGUUGUCAGGAAAAAGGUUCUUGCUGGUUUUAGAUGACAUUUGGAACGAGAGUUCCACUGAUUGGACGAUCUUACGGGCUCCUUUUGGAGCAGGAACCAAGAUUAUUGUAACAACUCGACUUGAAAAGGUUUCAUCUAAUGUGGAUUCGGUGAAAGCUUUUUACUUGGAUAAACUCUCGCAUCCUGAUUGUUUAUUCAUAUUUGCUCAGCAUGCAUUGAAAGCAAGAAACUUUGAUGGGCAUCUCCAAUUUAAAGAAGUUGGAGAGAACAUAGUGAAAAAGUGCAACGGCUUACCUUUGGCAGCAAAAGCUAUUGGAAGCUUAUUACGCACAGUUAAGGAUCAUAGUGAAUGGGAAAAAAUAUAUGAGAGCGAGAUAUGGAACCUACCAGAAGAUCCAUGUGGCAUAAUUCCUGCUUUGCGAUUAAGCUAUCAUUAUCUUCCUCCGCAUCUGAAACGAUGCUUUGCAUACUGCUCCAUAUUUCCUAAAGAUUAUGAAUUCGAAGAAGAAGAGAUAAUCUUGUUAUGGAGGGCAGAAGGUUUCCUGCAACCAAAAGCUAAAAGUCAAGCCAAAUGUCUUGGAAACCAAUAUUUUCAAGACCUAGUGUCAAGGUCAUAUUUCCAAAUAUCUAGUAAAGAUAAAUCCCGUUUCGUGAUGCAUGAUCUUAUGAGUGAUUUAGCUCAAUUAGUUGCAGGAGAAAUGUGUUGCGGACUGGGGGGUGAAAAGCAACAAAAGUUUUCGCAUCGUUCUCGUCACUUUGCUUUUGUUAGCGAUGAUCGGUAUCACAUUGUAAAGAAGUUUGAAGCAUUUUAUUAAAUGACUUCUUUACGUACUUUCUUACCCUUAACCUUAAUGGAUCCAAGCUAUCAUGAAUUCUAUUUAUCUAAUGUUGUCUUGGAUGAUUUGUUGCCAAGACUUAGCUACUUAAGGGUUCUUUCUUUGCGUGGGUCUGUGAUCUAUGAUUUGCCUGACCUCUUUGAAAAUUUAAAACAUCUACGCUACUUAAAUUUUUCUCGCACCAGAAUCAAUUGUUUACCUGAUUCUUUGUGUAGUCUUUAUCAUUUGGAGACUCUAAUAUUAAGAAAUUGUCAGUUUGCAUUUUCUUGAUAUUAGUGGUGCUUAUUCAAUAGAAAGGAUGCCCUCUGGAUUUGAUCAGCUAACCAAACUUCAAACAUUAUCUAAUUUUGUUAUAGGGAAAGGUGAUGGACAUCUUAUUAGAGAAUUGAAAAAUUUGUCAAACCUUAGAGGUAAUUUUCGUCUUUCUGGGUUGGAGAAUGUUAAUGGUCGAGAUGCGAGGGAAGUUAAGUUAAAUGAGAAGCCAGGGAUUGAUGGGUUAGAACUACAUUGGAGUACAGACUUGGAGAAUUAUACAAGGAAAAAAGAAGUUGAAGAGCAGGUGUUGGACGUUCUUUGUCCUCAGAAAAAGCUUGAGCAACUCAUUAUUGAGAAUUACGGUGGUGCAAAAUUCUCAUCUUGGGUAGCAGAUUCUUCCUUCAAGAAUUUGUCGUCUUUGAAGCUUUACAAUUGUAAAAAUUGCAAAUCACUACCAUCAGUUGGAAGGUUGCCAUUGUUAAAAGAUCUUUCAAUUAUUGGUUUCCAUGAGGUACAAAAGAUUGGUGUUGAGUUCUUUGGAGAAAAUGAAUUGAAGCCAUUUGCAUCAUUAGAGAUUCUGUCUUUUGAGAGUCUUCCAAACUGGAAGGAGUGGGACACUUGUGGAGGAGACGAGAAGGUUUUGAAAUUCUCCAUCCUCCGUGAAAUUUCAAUCGUAGAUUGUCCUCAAUUGUUGGGAAGGUUGCCUACCCAUGUUUCCUCCUUGCAGAAACUUGAAAUUCUUACAUGUACGAGUUUGGUAGUUUCGAUAUCAAGUUUCCCAUCACUGUGUGGAUUAAGGAUAGAAGGGUGUGCAGAACUGGUGGAUGAUUGCUCUUCUUCUGCAAAGGAGGUUUCCUCUUUGCAAAUUCUUUCUCUUUCUAACAUUUCAAAGUUUAAUAUUCCAGUAGAUAGGAUAAAGUUGAGGUUUGGGAACUCAGAACACUUUAGGAUUUGUGGUUGGAAGGAGUUGGAAUCUUUAUCGCAGCAUGGGUUAAGUUUAAUUGGACAUCGUUCCAUUGCAGUUUGGUGUUGUCCUCAACUGCACUCUUUGGAAACUGAGGAAGCCGAAUUGCAACCUGACAAGGUUUCACGUGUUGAAUCUCUGUGGAUAUAUAGCUGUGAAAGACUCAAUAGACUGCCAAAAGUCUUACAUGAGCUCACAUUCCUUACAGUGAUGAACAUUUCUGGCUGUCCAGGCUUGGUUUCUUUUGCAAAGAAUAUCUUACCUCCUAAUUUAAAAAAGCUGGAAAUUACAAACUGUAAGAAUUUGGAGUAUUUGGUUGAUGAAAAAGAAGAUAAUAAGAGUAUGAAUAGUACCCUCUGUCUUCUUCAGGACUUGGAAAUACAAAUGUGUCCAUGUCUAAAGUCUUUGUCAUCGAAGGGGCACAAAAAUAUUUGCAAUCAGCUUCAACUUCUCCGAAUUAGGGGCUGCUUAAAGCUGAGUUGCCUAUUUUCAAACACCAAGUUACCCACAACGCUUAAGUCUCUGGAUAUUGAUAGAUGUCCAGAGUUGGAAUGCAUAGCCCAAGAGUUUGACGAAACCGCUUGCCUUGAAUCUAUGCUAAUUGAAUGUUCUGGAAUUAAAUCUCUACCACGAGGGCUAGACAAGCUCAUCCAUCUCCAGGAGAUUCGAUUGAGAGAGUGUUCAAAUUUGGUUUCUAUUGAGGAACGUGGGUUGCUUACAGUUGCCACCAACCUCAGAGCUUUCUCAGUUGAUGGUUGUGGAAAUUUUGGAGCCCUUCCAAAGUGCAUGGUCAGCAACAUCUCCCUUAGAAAAUUAUGUGUGUUCAACUGUUCAGCUGACAUAUCAUUUCCAUCGGAGAGUUUCCCUGCCAAUCUCACAUCACUAGACAUCUCAAAUGCACCCAAAAUUUAUAGGUCGCUCGUGGAAUGGGGAUUCCAUAGACUCACCUCUCUUCAAGAAUUGACCAUCGGAGGUGGAGGAUGCUCAAACGUGGUGUCCUUCCCAGAAGAAGGGAUUGGAAUGAUGCUGCCUCCUUCUCUAACCUUUAUCGGCGUUUUAGAUUUUGAGAACCUGGAAUUUAUGUUCUCCGAGGGCUUUCAAGACCUCGCCUCUCUUCGAACAUUGCGAAUGGUGAAUUGUCCCAAGCUAUCAUCACUUCCGGAAAAAGAAAUGCUUCUCUCGCUUGGUUAUUUAUAUAUUUACAAUUGUCCGUUGCUGGAAGAAGAGUGCUCAAGCGAUAAAGGACGAGAGUGGUCUAAGAUUUCCCACAUACCUCGCGUUCGUAUUGUUUAUAAAAAUGUCAUCCCGAGGGAAUCAGAUUGAAAGAUGAGCGGCAAAAUCUGUGAUUGGUUUCUUCAGAGUCAUGGGACAGAUUUUUGCAGGCAUUGAAAGCUAAGUUGGUGUGGAAGUGGGCUUUGAGAAAGAUCGUUUGAAAGAAAAGUAAAGAUAUUGAAGAGAAGUUUAUUUAUUCAUAUUGGAAUCUUAGAUGUGAUGAAUUUGGUGAUGAACAGGCUAUGUGAAGCUUCAAAGCUAAAUCUGUCACAAGGCUUCACCCUCCUUUUCCACUUACAGUGAUGUUAGCAAGAUCUUUGUUUAUGAUAGGGUAUGUACAGGUUAUAUGGAGAAGUUGUUGUUGAGAAAUUGUAGGUUGAAUUAUUAAAUAUAAACAAAUUGGAAAGAUUUAUUAUGAAAGAUUUAUUAUGAAAUACAAUUUGUAGAACAUUAUUGAAAAUUAUAUAAAAAAUAGGAGGGAUUUAAGUUGUAA